AUGACUUUGCAUCAGUUUGAUUACAUCUUCGCAAUUGCAAUGCUGUUUGCAUUCUUGGAUGCUUUCAACAUUGGGGCUAACGAUGUUGCAAACUCCUUCGCGUCCGCUAUUUCCUCAAAAUCGCUAAAAUACUGGCAAGCCAUGAUAUUGGCAGGUCUGUGCGAGUUUUUGGGGGCGGUAUUGGCAGGGUCCCGUGUCUCAAAAACAAUCAAAAACGAUAUUAUUGAUGCAUCCACAUUUAACAAUGACCCUGCCGUUCUAAUGCUGACAAUGACGUGCGCUUUGGUUGGUUCGUCAUGUUGGCUGACCAUUGCAACCUCAAUUGGGCUCCCCGUGUCAAAUACUCACUCUAUCGUCGGCGGUACUAUCGGUGCCGGUAUUGCUGCCAGCGGCGCAGGUGGAGUGGUCUGGGGGUGGGAUGGUGUUGCACAAAUUAUUGCGUCCUGGUUUAUUGCUCCAGUCUUAGCUGGUCUCAUUGCCGCCAUAAUCUUUACUAUCUCAAGAAUAUGCGUGCUUGAAGUCAAGACGUUGGAGAAAUCCAUCAAAAAUGCCUUAUUACUAGUCGGGCUGUUGGUUUUUGCAACAUUUUCUAUCCUAACGAUGUUGAUCGUGUGGAAAGGCUCGCCAAAUUUGCACUUGGACAAUCUGUCAGAGACUGAAACCGCCUUAUCGAUAGUCUUAACAGGUGCUAUUGCUUCAGUUGUCUACUUCAUCUUUUUCUAUCCGUUCUACAGAAGAAAGCUCUUGCAUCAGGAUUGGACACUUAAGCUUGCAGACAUUCUCAGAGGUCCAGUGUUCUAUUUCAAGCCUUUAGACGAGAUUCCGCCUAUGCCUGAGAACCACCAAUUGACCAUCGACUAUUACGAAGGGAGAAGAUUUCCUCAAGAAACAGCAGUUGGUGUUAGUGAUGAGGAAAAUAAGAUGCCAAACGUCUCCACCAAGUCUAUCAACGACAAUGAUGAUAACCUUCAAAGGACAGGUUCUGUCGAGACCAAAACUGAGCCAGAGAACAAGAUGUCCACUAGGCAAUACUGGUGGUCCCUAUUGAAACAGGGCCCUAAGCAAUGGCCCAAGCUUCUAUGGUUGGUCGUCUCUCAUGGAUGGACGCAAGAUGUUGUUAGUGCUCAAGUGAACGAUAAAGACAUGUUAUCAGGCAAUCUUGUAGAUAUGUUCAAGAGGUCAAAGUACUAUGACAACCGUGUCGAGUACAUUUAUUCUGUUCUACAGGCAAUCACUGCCGCUACAAUGUCCUUCGCACACGGCGCCAAUGACGUCGCGAAUGCUACGGGUCCUCUAGCUGUCGUUUACGAGAUAUGGAAAACCAACGCUACUGCAGCAAAAUCUGAUGUACCGGUUUGGGUAUUAGCAUAUGGUGGUGCUGCCCUUGUUCUUGGCUGCUGGACCUACGGGUAUAACAUCAUUAAAAAUUUGGGCAAUAAAAUUAUCCUACAAUCGCCAUCAAGAGGCUUUUCGAUUGAAUUAGCUGCUGCUAUCACAACAGUAAUGGCAACACAGCUCGCGAUUCCAACGUCCACUACUCAGAUUGCUGUCGGAGGUAUUGUCGCGGUGGGGCUGUGUAACAAAGAUGUUAAGUCCGUCAACUGGAAGAUGGUGGCCUGGUGCUACUCUGGCUGGUUUCUCACAUUACCAAUUGCUGGACUGAUUGCUGGAAUACUUAACGGUAUUAUACUUAAUGCUCCCCAUUUCGGUGGUGUAUACGAAAUGACAUAA